AAACAGAGUAGAACAAACUUCACUUUUUGUCCAUACCUCUGCAACCAUGGACAUCUCCACGGUUCUUUUGCUAAUGUCUCUCAUAUCUCUUCACACUUUUCAUGUGAACGGGGAAGGUUUUCUGCUGAUGCCUGUUGAACUUUCUCCAAUUCCAUGUACAGACAAAGCUGUGGAAAAGCUGUCUCGCCUAGCAGUUACUUACAUCAACGAGGAUCGCAACGAGGGCUACAAGUUUGCCCUCAACCGGAUCACCAAUGUCUACUUGCAUGCACAGGGACCGGCAGGAAGUGUGUACUAUCUGGACCUGGAUGUCCUGGAGACCAAAUGUCACAUAGGCAGCCCGAAGCCGUGGAAGCGUUGUGAAGUCCGACCCUUCAUGGAAACACAAGUCUCAGGUAGCUGCAACACCACCAUCCUGCAGACACCGGAGGGCUUCACUUAUCUCUACAGCUAUGAGUGCGCUCUCAUGCCAGAUCCACCAGAGAAGCUACAGCAGACGUGUCCAACCUGCCCCGUCCUGCUCUCUGUAGACAGCCCAGACGCCAUGAAUGCUGCUGGGAUCACUCUGGAGGCCUAUAGGAGGCAAUCCACCCUGGGUGUCGGGCUCGGAGUGAAAAAGGUCACACGAGCUGCAGUUCAGAAUGUGCCAACAAAAGCCAUCUUUGUGGAGUACACAGUCCAGGAGUGUACAGAGGGAUUUACAGAGAGAGGGACCUGCCAGCGACUGACUCUCAAAUCAGACACACAGACUGCAGGGUUCUGUACAGGAUCUGUAUAUGGAGAUUUAAACAACUACCCUGAUGUCAAGGUGUCCUGUGAGAUGUUUAAAAUACAGAAUGUUGACAUGGUCCAACCAGUGAAACCGCAGGUUCUUGACCUCCCUACAGACCCUGUGAUCCCAACCUUUCCACCUCUGCCUGAUGACCCAGUAAAUGACCUGCAGCCCAUUCGCUCUCACCCUUCAACUUCCUCCACUACUCAGCAAGCUCCAUUUGACCCUACAGCUAUACCCUCCCUCCCUUCAGAGGCCCCAAUUCUGGUUAACCCCUCUGCCCCUGUCCUCUCUUCUUCCAGUGAGUCUGAAGAGAGCAUAGUAAACCGACAACAGCACACUGCAGGAACUCUGGAUUCGUCCUCUGAGGAAAGUGGAGCCUUACUGGCCCGGCGUCCACCAUUCAAUUUCCGCUACCAGAGACGUAACCGUAGGAAGCGGCAGAGCUUGACAGAGACCACUCCCUCACACAACCCUGUAUUUCUGUCUGAUUUCCCCAGUGGACCAUCUCCUUUUCGAUCCUGUCCUGGUCCCGCUCGCUAUGCCACAGUGUAACCAUUCUUUCCCUGCUCAGAAAUCCAUUUUCUCAUGUAUGAUUUACCCACUGAGAGCUUGAAACGAUAACCUGCUCCAAUCCAUGUCACUGGAGGCUUGUAAUAAUUAGUGCUAAUGAGAGGAAAGCGUUUUUUUUUUCCAUUGUAGCCUUGGAGCGACCUCUCAGCGGCCUCUUUGCUGUUGCUCCCACAGCAGCUUCACAUUAAUUUAAAAAUGGCUGCUUUCAUUUAAAAAAAUGUGAUAAAUAUCUUGUAAACUACUUGGAGAUAUUAUAGUAGUUGGGAUUUUUUUCACUCUUUUAAAUAAAUAUAAAAAUGUUGUUCUUGGUCUGAACAUUUCAGUUGGUUAUUUGAAUUUAUUCAGUUAAAUUCCAACACUCUUCUGCAAGUACUUCAUUUGUUAUAAAAACCUAAGCAUCCCAACUUAAACAUAUUUUUUGUGGUGGAGUGGGUUGAGGUGUUGGGUAACUGGUUUAUCCUGGACUUAUUCUUUAUUCCUUUACUUCAUAUGAAUUCUGUGGGACAAUAAAGGACUUAUCUAUUCUAUUGUGAUUCUAACCCUGUAGAGACAAUAUUUGCUUUCAAAAAUAAUAAAACAAACAUAUGUAGUCUAA